CGUCAAGCGCAGGGCUAGUAAGGCUGCGUCUGAGCACCGGGUUGGACAAGCGGCUGUGCGCCCCAACGGACGUGAGUGGAAAGAAGAUGGCGGUGCAGGUGGUGCAAGCUGUGCAAGCGGUUCAUCUUGAGUCUGACGCUUUCCUAGUUUGUCUCAACCAUGCUCUGAGCACAGAAAAGGAGGAGGUGAUGGGUCUAUGUAUAGGGGAGUUGAAUGAUGACAUAAGGAGUGACUCCAAAUUUACAUAUACUGGAACUGAAAUGCGCACAGUUCCAGAAAAGAUGGAUACCAUCAGAAUUGUUCAUAUCCAUUCUGUCAUCAUCUUGCGGCGUUCUGACAAGAGAAAGGACCGUGUAGAAAUUUCUCCAGAGCAGCUGUCUGCAGCCUCAACAGAGGCAGAAAGGUUGGCUGAACUAACAGGUCGUUCCAUGAGAGUUGUUGGCUGGUAUCAUUCCCACCCUCAUAUAACUGUUUGGCCUUCACAUGUUGAUGUUCGUACACAAGCUAUGUACCAAAUGAUGGAUCAAGGCUUUGUAGGACUUAUUUUUUCCUGUUUCAUAGAAGACAAAAACACAAAGACUGGUCGGGUACUCUACACUUGCUUCCAAUCUAUACAAGCCCAAAAAAGCUCAGAGUAUGAGAGAAUUGAAAUCCCAAUCCAUAUUGUACCUCAUAUUACUAUUGGGAAAGUAUGCCUUGAAUCUGCAGUAGAGCUGCCAAAGAUCCUGUGUCAGGAAGAACAGGAUGCAUAUAGAAGGAUUCACAGCCUUACACACCUGGACUCAGUGACCAAGAUCCAUAAUGGCUCAGUAUUUACCAAGAAUUUGUGCAGUCAGAUGUCAGCAGUGAGUGGGCCUCUACUGCAGUGGCUGGAGGACAGAUUGGAGCAAAACCAGCAACAUUUGCAAGAGUUGCAACAAGAAAAGGAAGAGCUUAUGGAAGAGCUGUCUUCCCUAGAAUAAAACAGGAGAACAAACAACAACAAAAAAUGUGGUAA